CAAGCACUCGCAUUCUCUGUUUUGCUCGACAUGGACGAGCUCGCCGACGUCAAGGCAAAGGUCAAGACGUGGGAGCGCGCAUUUCGGCGCGACAAGGGACGGGCGCCGACCAAAGAGGACAUCCGCCUGGGCGGGGAAAUUGCGGAACAGUACGCGCUAUGGCGCAAGUUGAGCAAGGAGGCGGAGAAGCUGAAGGCCAAGGGCAAGGAGAACGGCAAACGCAAGGCCGAGGAGAAAGAGCCCCGGCGCCGUGACGAGCUCACUACACCACCGCCGCGGCGACGCGCCGCUCGCCUUCCAACCCCACCCCCGCCUCUGCGCUUUUCUGAAGCAGGACCCAGCUCUCGUCCAGCAGUCACGCCUUCUAUGUCGACGCCCAAACGGCGCAGGCUCGACGACAACCCUUUCAGUGUGCCCCGCGCGCCACGCGAGCCCGAGGAGCCGUCACCCUCCGUCCUCGGUGUGCAUGGGACGCCGAAGCGCGAGCGCUUCGACUACGUGCACGCCAGCACGCCGAAGCAGCUCAAAGCGCUGUUGGAGAGCGCACGCAAAAGCGUCAAGAAGGACACGCCGCGGACGCACGCGCGCCGCUGGCUCGCCGGCGAAGUCGAUUCGCCAGUGCACCGCAAGCGUGAGUUCCGCGGGAGAGCACAGGAGGAGGACGAGGAGGAGCUGGGCGAGACGCCGGUGAAGGGCGAGGCGUUCGCCAUCCUCGACGACGAGCCGAAGGGGCGCGACCUGUUCCCUAUUUUCCGGCGGGCCGCGAGCGAGGCAAGUCAUGGCGCCGACAAGGAGAGGGGCGGGAAGCGUAAAGGCAGGGAGACGGAGGAUGCGAAUGUGCCGAGGGGCAAGGACAGGGCCACACCGACGAACGGCAAGCGCCGGAUGGUCGAAGCAGACGCGCCGAGCAAGAAGCCACGGCCAUCACUGGACGAGGCGUUGCGAAACCCCGAGGCAAUGAGCGUGGAAGAGGAUGUGGGCGGCGAAGCGGUUGCCGCCCCACCACCAACAACACCACCUCGACCAGCACGGGCACGCGCCACGAGCGAGCGCGUGCUGGAGCUCACGGACGACGAGUUGGAUCCCGAGGCGAGCCCUGUGGUCCUGACCAUCACGGGCACACGGCGGACGUUCGACCCGGUGGACGACGACGACAUCUUUGACAUGCCGGACGCCGCCGUGGACGAGGACGGGGAUGAGGAGGAAGCGGAGGAGGUGGAGGUGCAGGGAGCGGAGGGGGAAGACCCCCGCGCCAUGCUCUCGCUCCUGAGCCUGCGCUCGCCAAUUGCGCGCGCGGGGGAGCGCAUGGCGGAUCUGCGGGUACGCGCGCUCCUGGAUCCGACGUCGGCGGCGGCUGUCGCGCUCCGCGCCAAGCGGCGGGGACAAGAUGUGUUUGCGUGUGGCGAGACGGGCUUCGAGGAGGAAUACCUCGAGAUCGGGGAGGAGGUCGAGAUCGAGGGCGACGACGACUGGGAGAGCGAUCCCGAAGGGUGGAAGGGGGAGGUGGACGACGAGGAGUGGUGAUGCAGAAUGCAUGGGAUGUCAGUGAUGCACGACGCAGACAGAAGCCUCGCCCUCCCCCAGCCUUCCCAAGCCCAGCAAUAUAGUGAUCCAUGCAGUCUACGCCUACGCUACCCCGCAAUGAGCCUGUCCACAAUACCCACGUCCACUUCGAUGCCAUGCUUGGUGAGAUACUCGUCGCUCCAGAACUUGGACUGGUGCCGGGCGCCCGAGUCGCACAGGAUCGUGACGAUGCGCGAGCCCUUCGGCAGGCGCUUAGCGAGGCGCACGCACGCGACGAGGUUGCACGCAGACGAUGAUCCG